AUGGUUGUUGCUACAAUCAAAUGCGUGGUUGUUGGUGACGGUGCCGUUGGCAAGACUUGCCUUCUCAUCAGUUAUACAACUAACAAGUUUCCUUCUGAAUACGUCCCUACGGUCUUCGACAACUAUGCCGUCACGGUUAUGAUAGGAGAUGAACCCUACACGCUUGGCUUGUUCGAUACUGCCGGUCAAGAAGAUUACGAUCGUUUGCGACCUCUGUCAUAUCCCCAAACCGAUGUCUUCCUGGUGUGCUUCAGUGUCACAUCGCCUGCGUCUUUCGAGAACGUCCGAGAGAAAUGGUUUCCCGAAGUUCAUCACCAUUGUCCUGGCGUACCCUGCCUCAUCGUUGGCACCCAGACAGAUUUGAGAGACGAUGCCAGUGUCCGAGAGAAGCUUGCGAAACAGAAGAUGCAACCUGUGCGUAAAGAAGACGGAGAGCGGAUGGCUAAGGAACUUGGCGCCGUCAAAUACGUAGAGUGCAGUGCUUUGACCCAAUACAAGCUUAAGGACGUGUUCGAUGAGGCUAUCGUCGCAGCUUUAGAGCCUCCCGCACCUAAGAAAAAGCCCCAUAAGUGCUUGAUUCUGUAA